CCUAUUCGUGUGACCGCUUCCCAAAAAACAAGAGACUAGAUUCACCGCCAAGAGAUCACCGCACCCAGCCUAUCAAAGGGUGUUCCCCUCUCUAUCCACCGGUCUUGAUUCCUCUGGUUGAGGCUGGUUAUGCUUUCGACUUGCCCUCUUUCUCCUAUUUGAGUUUCAAAUGAGCCCCUUGACUUCUCUCCUCGUUUAGAAGAUAGCAUGUUAGCCAUCCUCCUGAACAGCAUCAGGACUCAAGGCCAAUUGUCGGCUCCUCUUUUCAUCUUAUCAUUCGUCAAAUCAUCAGCCGAGACCCUGGGACGGGAGUCGCCCACAUAUAUUUAAGGUUCAACAGCUCUUUGACGAACCUUUCCCACCCUCUCAGGGCACCCAGCGAACCCUAAACACCGAAUCACCUGUUUGCUGCCGAACCCAGCCCGGUUGCAAGAACUAUGGCGGACCAGAACGGCUUCAGCACCUUUGACACCAAUGGCCCCACGCCGGCCGAGAAGCCAGUCUAUGACCCGGCCUUCACCGACCGGGUCAUUGCCGCCACCGGCCCGAAAGCUAAUCCCCGUCUGGCACAGAUCAUGCCGAGCCUGCUUCGGCACCUUCACGAUUUUGCAAGAGAAGUCGACCUCACUGUCGGCGAAUGGAUGGCCGGCGUACAAAUGAUCAACGAAGCCGGUCAAAUGUCCGAUGACGCCCGCAACGAAACACAGCUCCUUUGCGAUAUCCUCGGUCUAGAAUCCCUCGUCGACGAAAUCACUUCGAAACAGCUGCAGUUGAAGACGACCUCCUCCCUCCAGACUAACCCUACCUCGUCCGCCAUUCUCGGUCCUUUCUACCGCUACGACGCACCGAUUCUAUCCAAUGGCAGCUCUAUCGUAUCCUCCCUCGAUUCUCCCGACUAUCAGAAAGCCUCCACCCACCUCUACGGUCGUGUCCUAGACCAACACGGCCAACCCGUCAAGGACGCCAUCGUGGACAUAUGGCACACCGCACCCAACGGCAUGUACGAGCAGCAGGACGCGAACCAGCCAGAAAUGGACCUUAGGGGACGCUUCCGCACCGAUGAUAAGGGGCGGUACUCGUUGUACUGCCUUAAGCCCGUCCCUUACCCUGUGCCCAAUGACGGGCCAGCCGGCAAGCUCCUCGAGCUCCUCGACCGACACCCGUACCGACCUGCACACCUCCACUUCAUCGUCUCCGCCGACGGAUACCGGCCCAUCACGACGCAGCUGUUCGACAGCGAGGGCAAAUACCUUGACGACGACUCGGUCUUCGCCGUGAAAGAGGACCUGAUUGUCAAAUACAAACCUACCGAGUCGGACCCCAAGGCGAAGUGGGCCCUGGAGUAUGACUUUGUUCUGUGCAGGGCUUGAGCAACACAUUGAGAGGUAUCGUUUGGUCACCGGUACAAACGAUGAAUGAUGAAGAGUGAGCGCCGCAGUCCAGGCCGCGGCCGAAGAGUAGGGCCGGAUGGGAUCAGUUAUGGUUGGAAUGUGGUUCACGGUGUUCUCGACGAAUUGACGAAGGCAUGAAACAAACAAAUCAAUAUCACAAGUAGGUUUUAGUCGCAAACUUCCAUCUUUAUGAUGGUCAAACAUCUCUAAACUUGACUGGAUGCAUACGUACACCUGUCACG